GACUGAGCUUGCCAGAGAUAUGGGUUAUUCUGCUGCGAGGUAUGGCCAUGUAAUGUUUCCUGAAAACGUAUAUGAGCCUGCACUGCAUUGUGCUGAAGUGCUGCUUGGAGGAGUUGGAAAAGGCUGGGCUUCUCGAACUUUCUAUUCUGACAAUGGAUCCACCGCAAUUGAAAUUGCACUGAAGAUGGCAUUCCGUAAAUAUUUACUUGAUCAUGGAAUCCUUUUGGAUUAUGAAAAGGGGAUCCUAAGUGAAAGAUGUAUUCAGCUAAAGGUGAGUUCUACUUUGUGCUGCUCUAUCAACUUUCUACAAGUGAAAUAUCUGCGAAGAAUUAUGUGGGUGGAUCAAAUCUUUGUUGCAGCAACAUUCAAUCCAUGAUAUAUUUGUUGUAUAACUUGAUGCUCGAAAUGCUUUUU